AUGAAGAUUGAUUUUGAUUGGAGGACCGAGCUACUGCCGAUCUACAAUACGGAAUACGAGACCGAAUUCCGGACCGAAUACGUGACAGAGACCGAUUAUCAGGAAGUGCCCGUGUUCACAACGGUAUUUCAGACUCAGUACCAGACCGAAUUCCAGAUUGAGACCGAGUACCAAGAAGUACCUGUGUAUAGUACGCUCGUGACCACCGUGUACCACACCAAGUACCGGACAGAACAUACCACUACCACAGAGACGGAAAAUUACCCUGUUUAUACGACCUACUACACGACUUUCACCGAGACGGAUUACUUACCUACUUACUUGACUGAGACUCACUUCGAUACCCAACACGUGACUCGCACGGCCACCAUCACUACCACAGCUGUCGAUUACGUCACCACGACUGCCUACGUCACCACCACGACUUUCCAGGACGUCUACGUCACUCAGACUCACGAGGUGCCUUCCUACUUCACGGAAACGAUGGUCAAAGAGUUGAUCAUCACACAGACGGAGAGCAUUCCACACUAUAUCACUACGACGGAGGUACGGGAGGUGAUGGUGACGCAGACGACCACCAUCCCUCUGUACCUCACCACCACAGCCAUCUCCGAGGUACGACUCAUCACCACCAAACCCAUCAACAACUACCUCACCACCACCGAGCCCCUGUUCAUGGUCAGCACCGUCGACAGGUUCAUCACAACCACCAUACCGGUCUACGUCACGAGAACCUCGACGGUGCAAGUACAGAAAAAUCCUCAAAGUUACAACACAAUAGAUGGUCGGCGUUGGAUGUGGUCGGCGAGUGGGUGAUGUGGCAACACUGCUUAAUACUGCCGGGUUGGAGACUGUCGCGAGAGAGGCAGUUUCCUGGUGGCAGCUGCCAGUGUAAUGCUGCGGCAAUGUCUGGGUUGUUAAAUUAAGUGAUGUUAAAUUACUGAUGUUAAUGAGUUAAAAUGUUAAUGAAGCAAAGCCUCGGGCAAGUUCCUUCACUGUGCCUGCUUUGAGCUUGUUGUAAAUAUCCAUUUUGUUUUGUUUCUUCUAUUCUUGCCUGUUGUCGUUUUUGACAGUGUUGAUGUAUUGUGUACUUUUCUGUCUUUGUGACAAGUUAAGAAUCUUUUGUUUUGUAAUAGGAGAGUCUUCAAACUGUAUAUAAAGGAUAUUUUCAGUAAUUUUGAUUCCAAACCUUUUUAAAGGGAAUAUUGAUAUAUUUUUUUUAUACAGAAACGUUUGUUUUGUAAAUUAUAAGACUUUAAGUGUAUAUAAAGCUUAAUUUCUA